AGCUUCUACUCCAAAUUGGAAGCGAGGCCUCCAAAUACAAGUUUUUUUGGUUUUUUUGGUUUUUUCCAAAUACAAGUUUUAAAUGCCUCUCCAGUCAAAACAACACGUAGCCAAGUGUACAGCUGUCAAGUGUAGCAUUUGUUUACUUUAACAAAACGAAGCACUGUAGCAUCACACUGCUAUUGCAUUAAAUCAGGAGGCGAGCAUUUUGAUGAAAUAUAGUUGAUGGAAAUAAGGAGUACACAUUGAACCACUGCAUAAAGUGUAAGAAUUCGGUAAUGAGGAUCCUAAAGUAAGAAGGAAAUACUCAAAAAAAAAGGGGGGGGGGGGAGGGAUAGAUAAUAUGGAGCAAGAGGAUUCCUAGGAUCUUGAAGGUUAGUAAAAUCUGGUCAAGCACUGUUACAUUCGAUUCCAUUUUAUAAAAAUUCUCACCAGCUCUUUAGUGAUUAGAGAACUGUCUACUGUAAGGGCAUAGACUUUGGACCUCAAAAGUCUUUAAUUUGAUCCUUUGCCUAUCGUUGACUCCUUAUUGGCUCUGAGAAUUGGAGCAGGUUACUUAUCCUAGUUGGAGUACCUUGGCUUGGUUUUGGGAGUCUGGAGUAGGUCUUCCUUUCCCAGGAAUUGACAAGUAUUUACACAUAGAAUUGGUAUUCUCAUACCUUGAAGAGUAGGAGAGGGCAGUCUGGAUCCGAAACCUCCUAAAUAUUGCUAAAAGGUGUUCAAGAACAGCCCAUGGAAGAAUCAUAUGAAGAGGUGGUGAUUAAGGUCAUACGGCAGGCGUGGACAUGUUUGGAUUUCCAACAGCUACCCUGCUGGACUGUCACGGAAGAUAUGCUCAGAAUGUAGCAUUUUUCACAUAUUGGUGCAUCUUACAUGACUUCCCUCUCAUUUUACCAGAUGUGAUGACAGAAGCCCACCACAAAUAUGACCACUCUGAGGCCACAGGAUCCUCAAGCUGGGAUUUCCAGAAUUCUUUCAGAAGGGAGAAGCUGGAACAAAAAUCCCCAGAUUCUAAGACACUACAGGAAGAUUCACCUGGAGUGAGACAGAGGGUCUAUGAGUGUCAGGAAUGUGGAAAAUCCUUCAGGCAAAAAGGUAGUCUAACCUUGCAUGAGAGAAUCCACACCGGUCAAAAGCCCUUUGAGUGUACCCAUUGUGGAAAAAGCUUCAGGGCCAAAGGCAAUCUUGUUACACAUCAGCGAAUACACACAGGAGAGAAGCCCUAUCAGUGCAAGGAGUGUGGGAAAAGCUUUAGUCAACGAGGUAGUCUGGCCGUUCACGAAAGACUCCACACUGGACAGAAACCGUAUGAGUGUGCUAUUUGUCAGAGAAGCUUCAGGAAUCAAAGUAACCUUGCUGUUCAUAGAAGAGUUCACAGUGGUGAAAAGCCCUAUAGAUGUGAUCAGUGUGGAAAAGCCUUCAGUCAGAAAGGAAGCUUAAUUGUUCACAUCAGAGUCCACACAGGCCUGAAACCCUAUGCCUGCACACAGUGCAGGAAGAGUUUCCACACCAGGGGGAAUUGUAUCCUGCAUGGCAAAAUCCACACAGGAGAGACACCCUAUCUGUGUGGCCAGUGUGGGAAAAGCUUUACUCAGAGGGGGAGUCUGGCCGUGCACCAGCGAAGCUGCUCACAAAGACUCACCCUUUGACCACUCUCUUCAAAUGAAGUUCUCUUUAUGAAUUAAAAGUACAAAAUCCUCAGAUCGAGCAACCUAUCCAAUUCUAUGGAAUGAAUGCAGACUCUUUCAGAAAGACCAUCAUUGGGUAGGGCAUACUGACUUCUUUCCUUUCCCCCAAAUGAAUAUGAAAAAUAAAUGUCUUGUUUAUUAUCAUUAUCA